ACUCUUAACGCUACGCUUCUGCAACUGCAGAAGUAGCAUCGAUGUCACGAGUGGCUGGCCGUUGAUUUCUCACUUGACGUCAACACCGAAAUGUCAUCGAACAUGUCGUGCUUACGGCUCGUGAAGUUUGCCGCUUUUAUUGCUGUUGGAUUGUUGGUAUCCUUAAUUGUGUUGAUUCGUGUCGGUGUAAGCUCGCUUUUCGAAGAGAGGAAAAAGCGAAAAGAGCGCAAAAGUCCUCCAUCGUGUAUGACAGAUCUGGAUCUUGAAGUCAUGCAUGACUUCGUCACUUUGGACGACGUCACACUGCACUACGUGUCCGCUGGAGAUCCGAAAAGCCAGUUGAUGAUAUUCUUGCAUGGGUUCCCUGACUUCUGGUUCACCUGGCAGAAACAAAUUCCGGAAUUCAAGAAGGAUUACUGGGUUGUAGCCCCAGACAUGAGGGGCUGUGGAGAGUCAUCAAAACCUGAAUCUGUCGCAGCGUACAAGCUGCCAUUGCUGGUGCACGACAUUAGAUGUCUCAUUGAAAAACUAGGAAAAGGUCGUCAAGCAGUCGUGGUGGGCCACGACUGGGGUGGCAUCGUGGCCUGGUCGCUGGCAGCAUUUUACCCUGCUCUCGUUCAUCAUCUCAUCAUCAUAAACGCUCCACAUCCACAAGCCAUGUCUGAACUGCUCUGCUCUAGCUUGGACCAGAUGAAACGGUCAUGGUACAUCGUCGCUUUCCAGUUCCCUAUGAUGGCUAGAUGGCUACUUCAGCGAAACGACUUUCAGUUCAUGGAUGUGGGUCUCAAAGGAUAUGGUUCCGAAGAGCUGGAAGCCCUCAAGUACACGUUCUCGCAACCAGGCGUGCUGCAGAGCGCAAUGAACUACUACCGCGCCAACUUUUUCAAUCUGGGCAGCACCAGGCCUGGCAGUAUCCAAGUUCCUACACUCAUCAUCUGGGGCGAAAAUGAUACGGCCCUGUCUUCACGUCUAGCACGUAUGAGCAUGCGGUGGACGUCUGGACGCUUGGAACUGCUUCCAGAUGUCGGACAUUGGGCACAUCGCGAGUGCCCUGAGAAUACCAACCAGCAUAUUCGUUCUUUUCUUGAGGGUCGUGAGCCUUGGGAGUUUGUCGCUCUGUAACAUUAAACUUCGUUUUUCUACAACAACAA